AUCCAUUCAUUACAUCUCUAACAGUAUGUGUUAUGACCUGGUGUGAUCUGCAGGGCUGGGAGGAGGGGAUGGUGGGGCUGAAGAAGGCGGGCCGUCGUCUCGUGGUGGUCCCCCCCGACCAGGCCUACGGAGCCAAAGGAGUUCCCAACCGCGUCCCCGCUAACAGCACUCUGAUUUUUGAAGUGGAACUUCGACGGGUGAAGUUUUCCAAGGACAAUGGGUCUGUUAGUUCCAAUGCCAGCACCAGAGGCUCUGCUGCCCCCUCCCCAGUUCCUUCCCCAGCCCCCAGUGGGGAGAAUGUGGCCCUAGAGCCCCCACCACAGACCACAGCCUCCGGUCCAGGCAGACCAGGGGAGCCACCACUUCGUGCAAAGUCAAACUCUCUGAGUGAACAGCUGGCAAAUCCAGACGCCACAAAAGCAAAACUGAUCUCUCGCAUGGCGAAGAUGGGCCAGCCUAUGCUGCCCUUUCUGACGGGGGGGGCCAGCCAGCCCGAGUCCAGUGAUUCUGAGCUGGAGGACACCAGUGGCAGCAGAGUGAGGGAGCAGCCUGCUGCUCCGUCUCCACUGCAGAACUCUGCCUCUGCUCCAGCUGCUGCUCCUGCACUACAUCCUCACACCGCUCCACCUUCUGCCUUACUUCCUUUUAUGAGCACUUCUGCCCCACAGCCCGGACUGACAGGCAGCAGCCAUGCCUUUCAGCCUUACUCUUACACACAGAGCUCUGGGGCUCCAUCCCAGCUGCAGCCUGUAGGCCAGGUGUAUCCUGCACAACCUGUUCCAUACAUGGGCUCCAGUGAUGUCACUUCCUUCUUGAUGACUGAGGCCAGACAACACAACACAGAGAUCCGAUUAUCUGUCGGAAAAGUAGCAGAUAAAGUGGAUCAACUGGCCUCAAAGAUAGAUGACCUUCAAAGGCAUGGAAGUCUUUCUGUGGCUGUUCCUAGUUUGUCUAUGGAAACCUCCAUGAUCAUGCACAACAUCCAAAGAAUAGUCCAGGAAAAUGAAUGUUUAAAAAAAGAAGUCUUUGAUAAAAGCUCUCGUAUUGAGGAGCAGAACCGUAAGAUUGGGGAGCUCAUAAACCAGAACCAGAGGUACAUGGAGCAGAGUCACUUGGUCAUGGAGCAGAGGAACGACUCCCUCAAGUCCUCCAGCGAGCAGAACCAGGCCCGACUGCUGCAGGCGGAGCAGGACAAGGUGAGAGGGGAGCAGCUGAGCACUGCU